UUUCUUUCUUUCACCAAAGAAAAGAACAAUAAUACUAAUAACUGGGAAGGUCUUCUGUCCUUUCCCCAUCCCAUCCACUCAUUGAUUGCCAUGUCUGCAGUCGUUCGCUCGCUUUGAAAUACCACCAGCCUUUAGGAAGUCAUUCGUUUACUUGUCACUCGUUUAUUUGCUCAUUAUUUUCUGUAUAAUUCCCUGUAUCCCGUCGAUAUUGUACUGGCGCAGGUACUCCGCAAUGUUUCAGCCCUACUCCUAUUUCUACUUUUUCCUCAUUGUUCUCGUCGCAGUCUCUACAUCUGCCAUCCCCGUCCACCAUGGCAGCGACCUUAGUGGAGAGCAGCAGAUCACCGAUCGUCCGGAAAUUACACCAUCACUGGGACGUGCUUUGUUUGAACAUCACGGGAUCAUCACAGCCGACGACAACACAAAGAACACAAUAAUCCCCCGAGGAACAACAGAUUCAGACCUCCCAGCCCCCUUCGACACAAGCCUAGGAACAAACUACACCAAGAAAUCCUGUCCCAAGUUCUUCACCAAGUUCCUCUCCGACUCGUCCCUCCAAUCCUGCCACGCCCUCUCGCUCCUCCUCCGCAACUCAAACUCCUUCUUCUACACCCUGCGCUCAGAAACUGCGACAUCGCACCUCCUCGACGUUGCUUGUUCGGCCUCUGUCUCGCAAUGCACCAGCACAUUAUCCUCCUUGGCAAAGGAGUUGAUCAAGGAUGAUAACUGCGGCGAGGAAUACAAACUCGGAAACCCCAACGUCGUAGACGCUUACAUCGACCUGGUCUCCUACGAGCCGCUUUACCACGCCUCAUGUCUCAAGGACCCAUCCACAGACAACUACUGCUUCGUCGAUGCAGCGACAAACUCCACGAACCCCGCUGACUACGAUGUAUAUUUUGUUCCUUUCGGAAAUGCCCUCGAGGACCAUGACGAAGCGAGUUGGGAUAAUAACACGCCCACGUGUAAUACAUGUCUGCGGGAGACUAUGGGUGUGUAUAAGAGCUUUGCGAGGGUUGAUGGGCAGCCGCUUGUGCAGUCGUAUCUGCCUUCUGCGAGGGUCGUUGAUAGGCAUUGUGGGGGUGGCUUCGCAGAUUUGAAUGUUACGGUUGGGACUAUGAAGAAGGUUGAGACGUCAGGGGUGGCGGUUUAUAGGCCGGGGUUGGCCUGGAUGGUUGUUGGCGUGCUUGCUUUAGCAUUUUGGGGCUAGGGUUCUAUAAUGAACGCUUGAAAGAGUGAUGGAUAUGGUUAUGGAUUAUGAUAGCGUUAUAUUUCUUGUCAGUAAUACUAAUUGUAAUGUUUCACAUGUUUGAAAUAUGCCAACCUUCCAAUAAAUCAUCCAUUAUUCGUACCGCAUUAAA